GGAGUGUCUGAGACGGCAGAGGUCAGGGUGUGUACAGCUGAGCUGGGUGUUCCCGGACUCCACUCCACUGCACCACUCUACCACAAGCUGCAGCAGUACCGGGACGUCAAUGGGAGGACCAGUAGAGGAGGUGGAGAGAGGGGUUUGACGAAGAAGAAAGAGAUAGUGUGUCCAGUGGAGGGAGACGGUGUGAGAGGGAUGGAAGCGGAGGAUCCGUUGCAAUCACUACCACCACCUCCUCUGCGGUGUUCUUCACCUGCAGUAGCGUCCUCAAUGGACUCUGAAUCUCAAAAGGGUGGUGCUGGAAACCCACGAUACUCAGACCUGGUGGCUGUGGAUGUGUCGGAAGAGAGUUUUCAAAAACUCACAACUCGCUCACGGAAGAAGGCACAGCACGUCGCUUGCAGUGGUGGGAGAGGGAGGGACAACGCUGCACCUAAUGUCAUGGAUUUUUUUUCAUCAGAUUUUGAGUUCGAAGAUAUUGCUAUUCCAGCGUUGCCUGCUGCACCUCAUCCACUACCAAUUGAAUCAUCCAUUGAUGAUGCUUUGAGACUGUAUCACUUUGUUUAUGGAGAG